AUGAACAAUUCAAGAAACAACAUUUCGAAUCCAACUAUUGCUAAGGUCGUUGGUCAUCUGGAUUACUCUUUUGUGUCAGCAUGGCAUCCUGAUGGUCGCAUAUUUGCCAUCGGAAACCAGGACAAGACUUCCCAAGUCUGGGACAUAAGAAAUCUUUCAUUGCCAGUUGCCGUUUUGAAGAAUAACUUGGGUGCUGCUAGGUCAAUUCGAUUUUCAUCAGAUGGCCAGUUCAUGGUAGUCACGGAACCUACAAAUUUUGUGCAUAUAUAUAGCACAAAGGUAGACGAGAUUGAUUUCUUUAGGGAGAUAUCUGGUGUAUCAAUGGGUCCCGAUGACAAGUCUCUGUAUAUAGGAAUCUGGGACCGAACCAUCUAG